CCAGCAGCCAGCACAGCACUGAGCACCAAGCACCACCGUCUCAAGCAUACCUUCCGAACCACCACUGACGCCUGACGCCUUGCGCCUUACCUCACCUUGACUUACCUAACCACGACCUCACCUUUCCCACCAAAAGAAGCGGAACCUCCCAUUCAGAGCUUUCGCAGCAUCCUCCGCGAUCAAGACAAUCGUAUCCUUGCGCCGAAACUCAAGCCAGACUUAUCGCGACAAGGGCUCCUUUGCCGAACUGUAGUUCCAACUAUUGUUGUUGGUGUUUUUCUUCACAAUAGACUUCCUUUGCGAGGCAUCUACCACACUUUUGGCGAUUGAUUCAAGGGUCCACAGCCUGCCUUUCAAUCCCCUGUCGUGACAUAGAAACAUUGUCACGGGCGGCGGCGACGACCACAGCGACGGCGACGACGGCACCGACGACGUAUAUAGACUAGCAACCGUACUUUAUCCACCACGCCCUGCAGCCAUCGCGACUUCCCGACGACCACCUCUCAUCAAUCCCACGCAGAGCCGGUUUUGCGCAUGCGACAAGCGUCUGCCCGAUUCCCUCUGCACCAUCACGACCGAUUCAUCCAUACAUCCGGCUUUGGCCUCUGCUGUUUGACAGCCACAUCCAAGAGGCGGUUUGCUUGCCCUCGGCGAGGCUGUACUCGGCAUCCUGCAGCCUGAACUCACCGCCCACGCGGCCCGCGAAGAGCCAAACGAGCCUCGCUGAACAGACGUUCCCCCGCGGCAGCCAUCGCGCUCGUCUCGAGGCCCUGCAUCACCUGGCGACUUGGCCGAUACCCAACGGCCUCCGCCUCCAACACCCGCCUAUACCUACACCGCAUGCACAUUCCCAUGUCUCUGAACCCUCGAAAACGACCCGCGCCAGAAUCAACGCCCGCCAUGCCGAUGCCUCAGGUGCAACAGCCGACAUUCCCCAACCCAACCGGUGACCCGUUCUUGCGAUGGGGAGGAGCGGCGGAUGCAAAUGGCCUCAUCGAUGGAGCCGGGGCCCAGGCCAUCAACUCGUACGGGAUCGUUCCCGGCCCGCAACAGCAGCAGUUCGUGCCGCCCACACCAAACCCCAACAAUGCCCUUGCCAGGAGACAGAUGAACAGAGCACUUGUUCCCACCGGUGUGAGGCAGAACUUUGACUCGCCAAGUGACCCCUGGUCUCUCGGCGGUGAAGACUCUGCGCUCCUACAGCAGCAAGCAAACGGAACUAUGACCGAGACCGACAACAUCGAGGUCUUGGAGGAGAUGGCCCGCAAGGCCAUGAGGGAGGCGCAGCAGAAGCGGAAGCAGAUCCCGCCCUUCGUGCAGAAAUUAAGCAGCUUCCUAGACGAUGACAAGAAUUCCGACCUGAUUCGGUGGUCCGAGAAAGGCGACUCGUUCGUCGUUCUCGAUGAGGACGAGUUUGCAAAGAAGCUGAUCCCGGACCUUUUCAAGCACAACAACUAUGCUUCGUUCGUGCGACAGCUCAACAUGUACGGUUUCCACAAGCGUGUCGGUCUGUCAGAUAACUCGAUGCGCGCGAGUGAGCGGAAGAACAAGAGUCCGAGCGAGUACUCAAACCCGUUCUUCCGACGGGGGCACCCGAACCUGCUCUGGCUCAUCAACAAGCCCAAGGGCGGGAAUAAGGGCAAGAAGGGCGGCAAGAACGCCGAGGUCGAAGGCGACAGCGAGGAGGACGUCGUCGUCGCCGAAGACGCAAUGGGCCAGGGCUUCGGAGCCACCAGCACCCCUGCGAGCAAGGCCUUGCCUUCCCCUAGCGACAUGCCCCUCCAGAAGAAGGAGAUGGUGCUGAUUCGUGAAGAGCUGGCCAAGGUGCGGGAGCAACAACGGAUGAUCAUGACGGCCAUUCAACGAAUCCAACAAGAUAACUCGGCGCUGUAUCAGCAAGCCGUUGUUUUCCAGAGCCAACACGAUCGGCAUCAGAAUUCGAUCAACGCCAUUUUGAACUUCUUGGCCAACGUGUUUAGGAAGACACUCGAAGACCAAGCCGGACCUCAAAGUGUAAACGAUCUUUUGGCGAGCAUCAUCCCGAAUGGCAACAACGCCACUUCGGUUCCGCAAGGAAGCGUUGUCGACUUGGGCGAUUACGUCCAAGCAGCACAGAACUCGGCCAGCAGCAGCAAAAACAACAUGAACCUUGCGAAGCGUAGGCAUGCGAUUCUGCCCCCUAUUCCCAAUGCACGUGCCAACACGGUUUCUCCAUCUCCGGUGUCCGCCUCGUCCACGCCUCAGCCAUACAGUCGCGAGAUGGGGACGGUCACGGAACUCUUUGAUACCCCCCCCGGAGACCAUACCUCGCCCAGCAACUACUUAGCGCAGGAGCUCGAGACCAAUCCCCACGAGAGCAUGAUGAAAAUCAUCCACAAUACCAAUGCCAACAACUCAUCCGGCAUUGACCUCCCUGAAGUCGUCAAUAACACCCCUGCGACAAUGAGCAGUGACCAGCGGAACAUGAUGCUCAAUGCAAUGGCAGGUCGGUCAGCCACGCCCUCUACCAACGCCCCCCGGUCUGCCAAACCCUCGGUCUCAGCCUCUCCCAAUCCGCCUGCGCCAUCGGUUACCGCGACCCCCGAAACGCCUCCCAUGCCUGCCGCCUCAGGCCUUUCGCUGUCCCCCAUUAUGGGUUCUGCGGCGCCGCCACCUUCACUGCAGCAAAUCAACUUCAACCAGGAAGACCUCGCCGCGCUGCAUCGCAUGCAAGAAGAGCAGGCGGCCAAGUUGGACCACCUCUCAAGCAUGCUUGGACCGCUCAGCCCGUCUGGUCGCAUACCCGGCAUCGAGGAGGCCGGGAACGCCAACGGCUACUUUGACGGCGAUCUGGACAUUGACCAGUUCUUGAACACGGAUGCGUUCCAGGGUGACAAUGCCUACCCCGGUGUCAACUUCAACGGCGACGGAGACGACUUCAACUUCACACUUGACGGGUCUGGCAUCAACCAAGGCGGCACUAACGUCAACGGCACGCCGAGCUCUACCGGAACUGAGGAGAUCCCGCGAGAAAACUUUGACGGACUCAACGGAAGCCCUGAUCGCGGUAACAAACGGCGACGGGUGGGUUGAUAGCUGAUGGAACGAAGGACGAUCCAUCGCUUGGCACUUUUUCAUGACUUUCCUUUGGCCAUCACUAAACCGAUUGGUGAUGUACGGCCUUGAAUCAUCUUUGCUUAAUGACACAAAACGGCCGGGGUUCUUCUCUUGUUUUCCUUUUUUUUUUCCUCAAUGUGUCUAUUGUCUCUCGUUU